AUGCAUUUGUCCCGGUCAGUGGCAUGCUUGGUUGCAGUGGGUUUGAUACAGGUUUUCUUUGGAAAGUCAAUCAGCACCGUACGUUGCUGGGUAUGCAAGCAAGUGUCAGAUGAUACGCCAGAACAAUACGGAGGAUUAGAUAACAUAUGCAGGCCUGCACGCCUGCCAAAGCCUGAACAUGGUAUGACAGAUUUUGGCCAAAGUGGUGUCCCGCAAGCACGAUCAACCUUGCAACAACAGCAACGAUUCAUUACCAUCGGGAAACCAGAGUAUUCAGGAACGAGCGAAUGCGUCAUUGGCGGUUCAAUAAAGUUCCAGUUUGCGAGAACCCUAUACUACAAGACGCCCGUAUACACCCCUGUCGUGGCUCUCACGAUCAAUCCACAAGCAGUCCACAACACUCUCAUCUCUCAGAUGGCACCGACUCCUCAAAAACAUCGCCGCUCCCUUAAUCCCUCUCGUGAGCAAUCACUCGAACCAUCCAAGCAUGACAUCGUAGCUUGGGUCGACGGCCUCAAUCCCGGCACCCUACGCAUUCUUCUGAAAGCGGCAAGUGAGCGGGACGCGCUGGUAGCCGAGAGUGUGCGCGAGACAGUGGAAUUCCCAGACGCGCUUGACCGUCUCGUCUCAUUGAAUUUCGACCACCACGCUACCAGGAUCAGGAAAGAGUUGAAAGCGGAUUUUCCCAGCUUUAAUGAGGAACUCUUGGCGGCAUCAGAUUUGGGAAGGUCCAUUGAGGAGUCACUCGAGAUUAUUCUGGGCCAGGUGCGGAUUGCAAGUACUUACGAGACGAAGUUCAGCGCUGCGAAUAGCAUAUUCGUGAUUGCGAGUGAUGUCUUUUGGUCAAAGGAGAAGAGUGCGGUUGCGUCUCGUGUGUGGGCAAAGUGUCAGUAUCGGCUGGGAGACGAUCUCAAGACAGUGUUAUUAUUGCUUCGAGGUGAUGAAAAGAAGAGUAUCGUGGAUUGCGACGGGGGACAGUGGUUUCAUGAUCUCACAUCACUUGUGACUUCGGCCAAGGAAAGUGUUGCGUUUGAGAAUCUCACGUCUGUUGUGAGGGAGCUAGGAUGGUUUGUAGAUAUCGAUGACAUCUUCACUACACCCAGGUAUGAAGACUCUGAGCAGUCAUUUAGUGAAGAUGGCGAUCAUUACAUGGAGGGAUUGCAGGAGAUCGAUGAAUAUUGA